CGGAGCCCGGCCCGGCCCCGGGAGCGCGACAAGCGCCUGGCACGGGAUAAAGUUAUCCCGGAAUAAGGCUGCACGCAUGUGCGUCACCCCGGAUGUGAACAUGCCGGCCCGGCUCCCCGCUAGCUCGCUCCGCCUGGCUCCAGCGGAUGGGCUGAGCCGUGCCGAGCCGAGCCGUGCCGUGCCGAGCCGUGCCCGAGGCCCUGCAGCCCUAUAGGGGCUGGGGGAGGCCGGGCCGCCCGGGCGCCCUCGAGGGCCGAGGUGCGAAAGCCCUCCCGGCGAGACGGGGGCAGGUGCGCAGCCCGGGGCGAGCGGCGGGCGGGGCCCCGGGAGCGAUGGAUUUUCGUGGGAAGAAGUACGAGCGCGGCAGUAACUGGUCGGACCCCGAGGUGGUGGAGCUGCUGCAGCUCUGGGCCGACGAGUCGGUGCAGAUAGAGCUGGAGAGCUGCUUGCGCAACCAGCACGUCUUCAACCGUAUCGCCGAGGUGCUGCGGGAGAAGGGCAUCCACCGGACGGGAGACCAGUGCCGGGAGAAGAUCAAGAAGAUGAAGCUGGAGUACCGGCGGAUCAAGGACAAUAGCAAGGCCCCGCGGGGCGGGAGGACGUGGAAGUUCUACGAGGUGAUGGACCGGGUGCUGACCAGCCGGCCAGCCCUGGCCUAUGGCUCCCUGAGCGGCAGCAUGAUGGCUCAGCAGGUGCUGCAGGGCAGCAUGGUGGAGAGCUACCACCACCAGUUCACCACCUCUGCCCUGCCCUUUGGACACUCCCAGCACCCCGAGUUGAUGGAAAUCAAAUGUGAGGAGGUGAACUCUGAUGACCACAGCUUGACCCCAGAGCCCCCACAAGCCAUGACUUACCAGCAGGGCUCCCCUGAAGAACAGGAGAUGGAGAGAGCCUUCUUGGAGAGGGCCCAAAACGACUCUCCCAUCUCCAGGGUGGAGAUUCCCAUUGAAACCAGUGUUUCACCUUCAGGUUUCAGUGAGCCAAACAUGGCAAACUCAUCACGAAUCCAGAACGUUGUUCCCCGGCCGGGUUUCUCUGCCUUGCAUCGGCUGAGAAAGAAGCGGAAAGGCCAGCGCAUGAGGGACCCACUCGACGAUCUCCUGCUGAAGACUCUGACAUCUCAGCGGGCCAUGGAGGAGCGCUUCUUGCAGAUGGAAGAACGCCGGUUUCAGCGAGAUCUGGAUGUCGAGGAGCGUCGGAUGCAACUGGAGCAGCGCCGGUUUGAACUGGAGAGGGAACAUGAGUUUCGCAUGUUCAAUGUCUUUGCUCAAAUGCUCAGCAUCCUAAAGCAGAGCCAUAGUGGCUCCUCCUCCUCUGUUGCCAUGCCUCAGGGUUUGGACUUCAGCCAGGCACUGUCCGAAAUUGAGGGAAUGGGAGGAAGAGGGAGCAACCUGCAAGAGAUGAGGGUUCGGCCGCUUGCCAAGAGAAAGGUUGACAUGCACAACUUCUGUAACCCCAGCGGCUUCCAGAGAAGCCCCUACCUCUCUGCUCGUGGCAACUUUGCCAGUGCUUUUCAGGGCUCCACUGAGGAAGGGUACAAAGCCUAUCAUGCUGACAAGUAUGAUGAAGACAAGAACCCCAACGGUAUAAUAAACUUUGGCACCAGUGAGAACAAGCUCUGCUUUGACCUGAUGUCCAAGCGGCUAAAAGAACAGCUGACACAGGCUGAUAUGAAUCUGAUGGACCCUUCACUGCUUCAGUAUCCUGACUGGAAAGGACAUCUGUUUUUACGGGAAGAAGUGGCUCGAUUUUUGACCUAUUACUGCAAGGCCCCCGCACCUCUCAAAGCAGAGAAUGUGAUUGUUUUAAAUGGCUGUGGCUCUUUAUUUUCUGCAUUAGCUACAGUCCUUUGUGAUCCAGGGGAAGCUAUUCUGAUUGCUACUCCCUUUUAUGGUGGUAUUACCCAGAGUAUCUUCCUCUAUGGUAAUGUCAAGCUGGUGUAUGUCUGUUUAGACAGUAAGAUUACUGGAACAAGUACUCGGCCUUUUCAGCUUACAGUAGAAAAACUGGAAAAAGCCUUGCAGGAUGCCCGGGCAGAGGGUGUCACUGUAAGGGCCUUAAUUCUUCUGAAUCCCCAAAAUCCCCUUGGGGACAUCUACUCCUUGUCAGAGCUACGGGAUUACCUGGAAUUUGCUAAAAGACAUGAAUUGCAUGUGAUAGUAGAUGAGAUCUACAUGCUGUCAGUUUUUGAUGAAUCAGCCACGUUUCACAGUGUCCUAGGCAUGGACAGAUUGCCUGAUCCACAGCGGACUCACGUGAUGUGGGGCAUAACCAAGGAUUUUGCUGUUUCUGGGAUUCGUUUUGGUACUUUAUAUACAGAGAACCAAGAUGUUGCUAAUGCAGUGGCGUCUUUGUGUUAUUUCCAUGGAGUUUGUGGACCUGUCCAGCACAAGGUUGCACAGCUGCUUAGAGACAGAGACUGGAUCAACCAGGUGUACCUGAAGGCCAACCAUGCCCGCCUAAAAGCUGCCCAUACGUAUGUGACAGAUGAGCUGAAGACGCUUGGGGUUCCUUUUCUCAACCGCAAUGCAGGCUUCUUUGUCUGGAUUGAUUUCCGAAAGUACCUUAAGACAGGCACAUUUGAGGAGGAGUUGCUGCUCUGGAAGCGUUUUCUGGAUAAUAAGGUCCUCCUGUCCUGCGGAAAAGCCUUUGAGUGCAGUGAACCUGGAUGGUUCCGCAUCAUCUUUGCUGACAAGACCCACCGGUUGCAAUUAGGUAUGCAACGGGUACGCAAGGUUUUGGAAGAGCGUGAGCAGGAGAUACUGGCUGAGGAGAAGGAGCAGCCUUGUCAAUCAGAUCAGGAUGGCAAAGCAGAUAGCACAGAUGAAGUAAUUUUUGUAUCCCGCCACCAGGACCCUAUAUGUGCCAGUAACUCCAGCCUUGGUGACCUCAUUGGCCUCCUGCAGCAACAGAUGCGUUCAUCUGACUGGCUACAGAAAAACACAGCCGAGCAAUUUGCCCAGGAAAAGCCAGAGAUCUAUGAUGUGUUCAGCAAACUGGUGGGGAAGCAAUAGAGGUCAAUGUGCCUCCAGGGGCAUUCCUGAGCAGUGACUGACCCUGGGCCCCUAACAACUCAGUACUGACUUCCAGCAAAUAAUAUAUUUUCUGUAUAGCAAGAAAAUUACUUUUUAGGCCCCCCUCCUCUCCCCCCUGUUUGAGAUCUCUGAUUUGUACUAUAUAGUUGUGUUUCCUUGGAUUGGGGUGAGGGUAGGGGGGGGGGGGGGGGGGGGUCUUAUUUGCAUGCUGCUCUCUGUUCUGCAGCAUCAUUGUAUUUUAUAUUUAAUUUCUAAUGAAUAUGCUCUUAACUCUCUAAUAAGGUCCUGUGGUGUAAUUUUUUAUUCUUCUUCACACUUAAAAAAAAACAACUCUAGAUUGUUAAGUUAUGGGAAGUUUCCCUUUUCUUAAAUGAUGGUCAGAUAUAACUAUUGGGGGCCAGCUGUCUCAAAGAGGUGUUUUUGGGAGCUAGAACCUACUGUCAGCCCUGACUUACCCCUAGCUAAAGGUAAAUAAACAUGUGCAUAGAUUCAUCUUCAUGACUGAGGCUCUUAGGACUGUAGUCAUCUAGACUGAGUUCUAGAAAUCAUUUUGUUUCGAGUUGGUUUCCAGUCUGACCUCAGAUCAGACAGUAUCCACUGCCCUUGGCUGGUGAAAUGCCUGGUUUUGUUUCUAUUCUUCUUUUUUAUAUUGAUAUAAUUAAAGUGCAUCCAUUGGCCUCUUGGCAGAAUGUCCAGAAAAGAGCUACACAUGGAGAGGCAAUAGAAAGUAGAUGUUCUUUUUGCAUUUUUCUAUUCCUGGAAGUCCAUCCCUUGUGGUUAAUAACAACAUAUAUUGGCAAAAGGGUGCAGAGAAUGCUUCUGCCACCGUGAUAGGUGUACCUGCAGGGACAGCUGCUUCUGUCGCCUACCACAGGCAUCCAAGGACACACCUUCCACCAUUAUCACAACAAUGAAUGCAAUUUUUUUCUGCGUUCUCAGUUUGCAGGGUAAUUUUUUUUUUUUUUUUACUAAAUGGUGUUCUUCUGUCUCCUUCUCUUUCCCAUUUUAAGAAACUGUUUUCUGUAUGCUGGUGGUAGAGUAUUUCAACUGGAAGGCUUCUUUCACAGAUAAAAAAACUAUUUAACUUCUGGUACUAUAAAAUUUAGGUAUCCUAAAGGAAUUGGAGCUUGUUUUUCUGCAUACAUAUUAAUCCAGAGUUGAAGGAAAUUGCUCAUGAAAACUGAAUAGAAGUGUAUCUAUUCCCUCCUCAUAGAUUUUGGCAGAUGGGCAUGAGUGACAAAAGCACAUCUGCAUCAUAAACCAAAUUACCAAAGCAUAGGCAACAAAUAAUUAAUGCAACCACAGUUUGCUGUGUGGUGAUGGCAGAGAACUGCUUGGACAGGGGAAGGAAAGUCUGAGCAGUGGCUGAAGAGAAGAUGGUGCUGCUUGUGACUGCUGUGAGCAGUAACCAGCUCCUCCUUCAGUGAUGGGGCCAGGUUGGUGAGGUGAUGGGUAAGAUCAGUAUAAGGGAUAGUUAUAAACAGAGUAUUUGCUAACUAGUUUGGCAUUUGUCUAUGGACAAUGUUUCAAAGUCCACAAAGAAAGCUAUAGCAGAAGACAGGUGUCAUUAAUGAAAUGGGAAGUGAGAUGUACAGCCCAAUUACAAAUGGACCUCCUGAUUUUCCCCCUCUUAUUUAUGUACCUCAAGGAGGACAUGAGCAACAAAAUUUUAGGGAUCAAGCUCUUUGAAAUCAAAAUCCAGGUAAGACAAUAGUUAAAGUGAUAUUUUAGGGGAUCUCUUGAACAAAUUCAACCCAUUAAUUACUCCUCACUUCCUUUUGUUGUUCUAGUCAUUCUUUCUGUUGGGGUAUAUGAAUAUACAAUAGUAACAAUUUAUAUAAUAUUUUUCACGCAUAUAUAUUUACUGCUCAGGAAGCAGGUUUAUUGUACUGUCUCUGUGUGGAUUCAGCUAGUAAAGCACACCUCUGCAAUAAAGAGGGUAUGAUGUGCUUUCAGAAUCCUCACAGUUAAUACAGUAUGGCCAACAGUCACAUCUGAGCUUGCUGUAACUCAACAGAACACACGCACACUUUGUUGCAUGGAGUAUUUUCUAUGUUUUUUCAAGUUUACCAGCUGCCUGAGGACCUCUCCACUGAGGAAUGUUAGUUUGGUUACAGAAAAUAAAAAUUUAACUGGAAAUGAGGCAAUAUAGAAACAUGGUCAUGAGUCUGCUGUUGGAAAAAAAAGCGUUUUUUUGACUGUGCAAACCCCAUAAAUUUUGUAAAUGGCCUUAACUGGUUUACAAGAAGUGGUAAGCAUGUAGAAAGUCCUGUGCAUAUGUAUGCAGAAGCUAAGCCAAUUCCUAUUUGCUCUAAGAUUACCCCUGAGAGGAAAAACACAGGUUCUGCCUGUACAAAUUGUUUGUUCUUUCUGCUACCUUCAUGUUAGAUGUUUUCUCUGCUUGAUGUAUCUUGUAGUUCUUAUUAAUGGCCUUUUAUUUUUCUAAGUGGCAAACCUCUACUGACAAAAAACAUAGAGAAAAGAUUAAGGAUUCUCGCAUGCUGUCCCUGCCCUCACUAAUUAUUUUGACCUUUUUGUCAAGUGAUAGGCCAACAGAGCAGCACCUCAAAUGAAGCCAGAUCUAUGUUUUUAAAACUUCUGCUAAAAAAUCUAAAUUUAAAUUUCACCUAAAGCAGGAAAUGCCAUCAAAAUGAAUAUAACACUGUGCCUUCAUUGCUUGUAUUUAUUGUAAUCAUACAAGAUGAUAAAAUCCACUUUGCAUAAAUUUUUUAUGUUCUAGUUAUCAUUAAUUUGAGCACAGAAAGGAUCCUAGAUGGCUUCAUGGUCCUUGUCAUGUUCCAGUCACUCUCUCUCUCCCCUUCCCUCUCUGUCUCCCUCCUUUGCCCCCUUGCCCAUUCUGUCUCUCUUCUCCAGUGAAGUAUUCAAUACUUUUAGGGUAGAGGUGGGAAUUUCCUGUCCAGCACUGCUCUCUGUCAUAGAAACUUCCAUAGCAUACAUUUCAGGCAUACACUUGACAUUUCAUGUUUAUGGGAAGGAAAAAUCUGUGAAUCUCCAAAUUAUUAACUUGUGUUACAUUGCAGUUAAGCAGACAACGUAAGUGGGGCCCAUUCAAGACAAGUAUUUAUGAAAAAUCAUACAUACUUACAGGAGGAAUCUGUGAAAAUGGGUUUUCCCUUACAGUAAUUUAAUAGGACCUAAGCAAAAUAUCCGUAAGGGAAAGUAUUCACUGAUAACUUAGAGAGUUUUCCACCUUAACUGAAGAAGGGCAGUUGCUCAAAUGCACCAUG